ACUUUAAACAAAUCGAACAGAUCAAUUUUUGGAGCAAUUUUGGGCCUAGUCACAUGCAGAUUCUUUAACAGGGGACCUUGAAUCAGAUUAUGCAAAAAUCGGAAUCGGAACAUUUUUCCGAGCAGAUGUUCCGAUAUUAUCUGGACUAUUAUCCGCGCAAGCGCUUUAAAAGCUCAUUUUCUUAAGUUACGUUAAGUCUUGCAUGCCGACAAUGUCAAAAUACAUAACCUCAUAAGAUUCCACAAUUAAGUAGGAAAUAUUCUGAACAGCAAUUCUCAGUAUAAGCAGUCGCCAGGCUAUGACGUCAUUGCAUAGAAAAUAUGAUGAGUUGAACUACGGAUUUUGGGAUUUAUAAGCAAAACUAAACUGAAUGGUACAAUGUCUGUAGAUUACUUGGCAUUGGCAUAACGCUGUUUUUUGCUUCUUGGCGGACAUUGUUGAGUACGUAUGUAUGUUAUUUUGGAAGCGCAUAGCGUAUCCAGAAACAGAGCGAAACCAGACUUUGUAUCGGCUGUAAAUUGAAGAACCG